GUACUUUUUAUUUGUACCGCUAAUGUGACGGAAACCAUUCCAGAACCACUGCGGGAUAGGAUGGAAGUGAUCAACGUAUCAGGAUACGUGGCAGAAGAGAAACUUGCAAUUGCAGAGAGAUACUUGGUCCCUCAAGCACGAGUUCUGUGUGGCUUGGAUGAAAACAAAGCCAAAAUUACAUCAGAUGUCCUGACUGUUCUCAUCAAGCAGUACUGCAGAGAGAGUGGGGUGAGGAAUCUGCAGAAACAAGUAGAAAAGGUAUUGAGGAAAUCUGCCUACAAAAUCGUGAGUGGAGAAGCAGAGACAGUCCAAGUAACACCUGAAAACCUGCAAGACUUUGUAGGAAAGCCCAUCUUCACCGUGGAUCGCAUGUAUGAAACCACUCCUCCGGGAGUGGUGAUGGGUCUGGCCUGGACAGCUAUGGGGGGUUCUACUCUGUUUGUUGAAACAUCGCUGAGGCGACCCAAAGACAAGGAGAACAAGGAUGGGUCCCUUGAAGUAACAGGGCAACUGGGAGACGUAAUGAAAGAGAGUGCCAGAAUAGCUUACACAUUUGCCAGAGCCUUUCUGAUGCAGAAGGACCCCAACAAUGACUUCCUCAUGUCUUCCCAUAUCCACUUGCAUGUGCCAGAGGGAGCAACACCGAAGGACGGACCAAGUGCAGGCUGUACCAUAGUAACCGCUUUGCUGUCGCUGGCCAUGAAUUUCCCAGUGAGGCAGAACGUGGCCAUGACUGGAGAGGUGUCAUUAACUGGAAAAAUUCUUCCUGUUGGUGGAAUCAAGGAGAAGACUAUUGCGGCCAAGAGGGCAGGUGUUACCUGUAUCAUUCUGCCAUCAGAGAAUAAAAAGGAUUAUUAUGACCUUGCAGGAUUCAUUACAGAAGGACUAGAAGUGCACUUUGUUGAGCACUACAAAGAGGUAUUUGAUAUAGCAUUUUCAAAGCUGGAUAUGGCUGGAGGAUGAUGUCCAACCACCUGAUGGCUGGAAGGUGGCGUGUCCCUCCAUACUCUGCCCUCGUCCAAAAACACGGUGACCUGGGCACAAUUCUGAAGUGGGACGUGGAGCUAUUGCUGCUGCGCAGCUCUGAAAUGAAUUAUGGCUUUGGUAGAAUAAAGUGUUUCUCUUUACUACUGAAUUGUGAUCCAUGUUAAGCAUUUCCAACAAAACUGUGACAUUUUACCUAA